AUGUACAGCCAGACGCCGCUGCGAGGUGCAGUCUUGCUUGGCGGUGUCUCUCACAUCGGAGCCGUCCCUGUCGUCACGUUCCCGGAACUCGCAAAGUACCUGUUCAAAGGGUUGUUGGCGACCGACAAUGUGGAUGUCGCCCAUGAUGCGCUGUUCAACAUCAUCGACAUGCUUGUACACAGGCCCGAGGACAUGCCCUACCGUCGCCGGGGAUGCGAUGCGACGGCGUGGCUAACUCUGGGAGAGAAUAUGUGCGAUGUACUCGUGUUGUUGUUUGCAGAAGAGGAUAGUGGUGUCGACAAAGGUCAGGCUUGGGAGAUCAUACAUGAGACGUUCGGGACCCGGGCCUCAAAGCAUUGGAUCAAGGAUGCGGGGCAUUCGCCCUUCCUAGAGAAGCCUUGCGAAUGUCGGGACGCGAUUUUAUCGUUUGCUGACGAGGUCAUACUGGACAAGUAG